CGGAGCUGAGGGACGCGCGGAGAUGACGCAGGCAGCACCGGAAGCCGCUCCCCUGUGAGGCUGCGGACCGGGAGCAGCGGCCGCAGGUCCAGGCGCCAUGGCUGCGGAGCGGACCCGGCCGCUGCAAGGCUCUGGUGGCCCGAGCGUGCCUAGUAGCUGUGAACCCGGCGCGAGGUCCCGGGCCCCGGGGCGCUCGCUCAGGUCAGUGCCGCGCGGAACACGAUUCCGAGAGCAAGGGACCUGGGAGCAACCAAUGAGUUGAUGGGAUCUGUAUUUUAGAGACGGGAAAACAGGGUUUCGGAGUUACUGCCUCCAUUUCCUUAGCUGCGGAAUGAGUUAACAGUGAUGUCCCAGGGCUACCAAACGUUUGAAAGAUGAUGAAGUGUGAUGAGGUGGUUUAUGAAGUACAAAGCGCUAUACUGCGCCAUAAUUGUGGGUAUGCCAUGAAAACAGGUGUGUAUGUGGGGUGCUGCUUGAAGUAAAGCAAAGAUAGCAAUAUUAAUGCUAAGUAAUAAUGGUAACUGACAUUUACUGUAGGCGUACAGCGUGCCGGGUACUGUGCUAAACGCUUUACGUGCACUAUCUUGUUUAACCCUCGUAAAAACCCUUGUAGGUAAUGCUCUUCGUGGCUGUAUUUUACAAGUGAGGAAACAGGGCGUGAGACAGGUGAAGUGAUUUGCCCAAGGUCACCCAGCAACAAGUGGAGUUGCAGAACACAUAUUUUAUAAACAUUAUUUGUAUUCUUUCAAAGCUUUAAAAAAUUCACCUUAAAACUAAAGGCUGUUUUUUGAUAGUGUAUUAUACUUACAUGGUUUUCAGUUUUAAAAGGUAUACGAUAAAAAGGGACCCCUCAUUCCUAUUCUGCAGCUCUCCAGUUCUCUCUGGAGGCAACCAGGGUUAUCAGUUUCUUGAAUAUUCAGAAUACAUUUUAUGCAUAUAUAAGUUUAUAGGUGUGUAUACGUUGUCAAUGCCUCUGUGCUCUUUGAUAAGAAAAGAGGGGGAAAUGAAGCCUCCUUCCCUCUACCACUAACAAUUGUGUUGCUUUCACCCUUGACUAGGCCAGAUACUGAUAGAGGAGGAGGGGAAAACACAUUUACACUGUUUUCCGGAAGGUCCUGUCUCUAAUACCUCAGAGUAUAGGUUUUGGGAGAGUGGAUACUGGGCAAAAUAUUGAGCCUGCUACUUCCUGUGCCAUUCUGGGAAAGCCACUCCACUUCUUGAGCCGUAAAUUUCCUCAUUAUGUUAGCUAAGGGCGGCAUUACUGAUACCUUCCGUGAGGUUAUGAAGAUGAAAUGAGAUAAUGUUUACCAGUGGUACUUUUUCUUUAAAACCAAUAUAAAUAUGUGAGUUGCCUAGGUAACACAGGGAGUUAAUGGCAGAACCUGAGACCAAACCCAGGCUCUCAUUUUCCAAUUUAGGAGUCUUUUUGUUACAUGACCCACUUUGUGAUUAUUAAUACUGAAGGCAAGAGGGCAAGUUGAAUUUGUUAACUCUGAGACAGGGACGUAGGGUAAGGGGGCCAAACAGCAGGGAAUGUGGAUAGAAUAAGGCACCUACUGGGAAACUAGAGCCUCCAAUAAACAGGUGCUCUUCUUUAUAAAAUUAAACCCCUAAUAAGUUUGAGCCCUUGAGUUUUUCUUCCAGGUGAUUUGAAGAGAAACUUAGUGAUAAGAUGAUAGGGUCAAAAGAGAUGUUAGUGGUCAUGUCCAUUCCAGCCUUAGUGUCACAGAAAUCUUUCCUGCCAGAUAUUCAUAGUAGUAAAACUAACAAAAAGUACCAUUUGAGUUUUUACCCGCUAGACUGUACACUGUGCCAAGCAUGUCCCUGCUAUAUUUCUGAGUUUCACCCUUCAAGUUGGAUGAUGGCUUCCAUUUUACAGAUGAUAAAACUGAAGCUUAAAAGUUAGUUGGACAUGCCCAUAAUCACACAGGAAGUGGCUGAAUCAGUAAAACAUUUGACCUACCUCCAAAGUAUUUUCAUUUAUCACAUUCUGCCUCUGUGUCCAACUGUCCUUGACUGUUCGUGGUAAUGGGAAACUCACUACUCUGGAGGGAGCUAUUCCAUUGUUGGAAAGCGCUGAGAUUUAAAAGCUCCUCAGGUUGAAUUGAAAUCCCAUUUCCUGAGGUUUGUGCAACUAGUGUAUAAUAUUUCUAGAGGCUGCCUAAAAGAGUCCAGUUUAGACCUGUUACCUUAGAAAGCCCCCUCCAAAGUUAGUUGAUCCCUUUAGGAAAGUAAAAAUUGGUGUUUUUUAAAUAGUGCAUUCUGCAGUUAGUGAGACUUUUUUAGGGAAAAAAAAUGCCUUUUUCAGAAUAAUCAGAGGUGAACUGCUCAAUCCUACAAGGGAUUGAGUGGUUUAAAAGGCAAUCUAAGAGUCGGGAAGAUUUUUUUUAUUAGGAGUUAGGAGAAUAUAUAAAUCUCAGACAUGGCUGAACUUUUUAGAGGUGCUCUCUGAAAAAGCUUCUUCCAUAAUCUUUAGCGGUGUCAUGGGCACAUUAAUUUGGCAUUUUUUUUUUAAAUUUAAGUUCUAGGGUACAUGUGCACAACGUGCAGGUUUGUUACAUAGGUAUACAUGUGAAUUUGGCAUGUUAUAGUAUGUCUCUUAGAUAUUUAUGAAUGAUGGGAACCUGAUAAUAUUUUAAUGAGUAUUCUAAAUUUGCCUUGUAGCCAUUUGAAUAACAAUUUAACAAUUCAGCUCACUUAAAUACAAGCAUUUCUACAAUAGAUGUGUGUCAGCAUGUGUGUGUAUGUGUGUAUAUAUGUAUGUGUAGAUGUGAUGGAGGAAGCUUCUCAUACCACACUUUUCACUGUUAAAAAUGUUUCCGGAGCAGGUGUGUGGUUUGUUGUUGUUGUUGUUGUUGUUGUUGUUGUUUUGAGACAGAGUCUUGCUCUGUCGCCCCGGCUGGAGUGCAGUGGUGUGAUCUCGGCUCACUGCAAGCUCUACCUCCUGGGUUCACGCCAUUCUCCUGCCUCAGCCUCCCGAGUAGCUGGGACUACAGGCGCCUGCCACCACACCCAGCUAAUUUUUUGUAUUUUUAGUAGAGACGGGGUUUCACUGUGUUAACCAGGAUGAUCUCGAUCUCUGGACCUCGUGAUCCGCCCGCCUCGGCCUCCCAAAGUGCUGAGAUUACAGGCAUGAGCCACCGCGCCCAGCCUGAAAAAUGAAACUCUGGAUCACCUGAUUAGUCUGAGUGGGGCAGUCCAGCUCAGGCAUCUCUCCAAUAACCUAGAGACUCUCCUCAAGCGGGACUUCCUCAAACUCCUUCCCCUGGAGCUCAGUUUUUAUUUGUUAAAAUGGCUCGAUCCUCAGACUUUACUCACAUGCUGCCUCGUCUCUAAACAAUGGAAUAAGGUGAUAAGUGCCUGUACAGAGGUGUGGCAGACUGCAUGUAAAAAUUUGGGCUGGCAGAUAGAUGAUUCUGUUCAGGACGCUUUGCACUGGAAGAAGGUUUAUUUGAAGGCUAUUUUGAGAAUGAAGCAACUGGAGGACCAUGAAGCCUUUGAAACCUCAUCAUUAAUUGGACACAGUGCCAGAGUGUAUGCACUUUACUACAAAGAUGGACUUCUCUGUACAGGGUCAGAUGACUUGUCUGCAAAGCUGUGGGAUGUGAGCACAGGGCAGUGCGUUUAUGGCAUCCAGACCCACACUUGUGCAGCGGUGAAGUUUGAUGAACAGAAGCUUGUGACAGGCUCCUUUGACAACACUGUGGCUUGCUGGGAAUGGAGUUCCGGAGCCAGGACCCAGCACUUUCGGGGGCACACGGGGGCGGUAUUUAGUGUGGACUACAAUGAUGAACUGGAUAUCUUGGUGAGCGGCUCUGCAGACUUCACUGUGAAAGUAUGGGCUUUAUCUGCUGGGACAUGCCUGAACACACUCACCGGGCACACGGAAUGGGUCACCAAGGUAGUUUUGCAGAAGUGCAAAGUCAAGUCUCUCUUGCACAGUCCUGGAGACUACAUCCUCUUAAGUGCAGACAAAUAUGAGAUUAAGAUUUGGCCAAUUGGGAGAGAAAUCAACUGCAAGUGCUUAAAGACAUUGUCUGUCUCCGAGGAUAGAAGUAUCUGCCUGCAGCCAAGACUUCAUUUUGAUGGCAAAUACAUUGUCUGUAGUUCAGCACUUGGUCUCUACCAGUGGGACUUUGCCAGUUACGAUAUUCUCAGGAUCAUCAAGACUCCCGAGAUAGCAAACUUGGCCUUGCUUGGCUUUGGAGAUAUCUUUGCCCUGCUGUUUGACAACCGCUACCUGUACAUCAUGGACUUGCGGACAGAGAGCCUGAUUAGUCGCUGGCCUCUGCCAGAGUACAGGAAAUCAAAGAGAGGCUCAAGCUUCCUGGCAGGCGAAGCAUCCUGGCUGAAUGGACUGGAUGGGCACAAUGACACGGGCUUGGUCUUUGCCACCAGCAUGCCUGACCACAGUAUUCACCUGGUGUUAUGGAAGGAGCACGGCUGACACCAUGAGCCACCACCGCUGACUGACUUUGGGUGCCGGGGCUGCGGGUUUUGGGUGCAACCUCUGCGGCAGCCGACUGCAUGAACCAAAGUUCUCACCUAAUGGUAUCAUCACGCAGUGCACAAUCAUUUAUCUAUGUUUGCCAGGGGCCAGGGCUCGGGGUGGGGGAGGGCUUGUUUUAUUGACAUACAACGCAGCAUGCUAAUGGGGUACACCAUUGACUUCAUUUGUACUUAGUUAUGUUGGUCAGUGUAAGAAGAUGCAUUUUGGGUUCAUCUUUCUUGAGUGGAGUAUUGGUUUUAAGUAAAGAAAGUUAAAUGAUCCAUUAAUCUGCUAAUUGGUUGCCUAUGAAAUCACAUUGUCUGUUAUUAAAGCUUUUUACCAUA